UGCGUGUGUGUGCGUGUGUGCGGCCACAGUCUCAUACACUCCUUCAUCCCUCCCCACCCACUGAGAUUCUCUGUCUCUCUCCGUUCACCCGCAGAGUCUGUGACAUUGGACUUGGAAACAGCGUGUUGGAAACUCGAAGUUUCCGAGGAUCGGAAGAGCUUGAGGUGGACCGGGGCCCAGAGGAGUCUCCCCGACAACGGGAAGAGGUUUACAGUCUGGCCUUGUGUGCUGGGAUGGGAGGGAUUCACCUCGGGGAGACAUUACUGGGAGGUGGAGGUGAAGGAGAACUGGGGCUGGUGUCUGGGAGUCGCCGCCGAGUCUCUGGCCAGGGAGGGAGAGAUCAGCCUGAGGCAGGGGACUGAUCUCUGGUCCGUGGAGCAAGUUGGCGACGAGUUUCGUGUGAACUCCUUGCCGAAAUCCCGUCUCCUCACCGAUCCCAUCCCAGAGAGGCUGGGAGUUUAUCUCAGUUACGAGGCAGGGACGGUCUCAUUUUACAGCGCGGACACCAAGUCCCAUCUCCACACCUUCGGUGGGAAUAAGUUCACGGGGAAACUGUACCCUUUCUUCUGAACUUGGGAUGAAAACCAGUGUCUGAGAAUCUGUUCCGGGUCCACUCUGGAUCUGUAAAUGUCUUUGGUCCCGGGUCCAAAGUCAGGAACCUCUUAUAUUUCAAGUUUCCUUGUCACCUUAACAAUUAAUUUGUUUUGGGAGGUCAAAUAUGGGGCAGAAACCCCAUUCACAACAGACCGACGAGAAACAAUUUACAUUUAACAACCAAAUCAUUAAUUGUAAAGCCACAAAUAACUUGGAAAUAGACCUGGUCAAAAGAAUGGCAUGCAAACUUAAUUGAUUUUGGGGAUGUGAAUGCAAUCAUUUUAACUGUGUCUCCACAACCUCGAUCAACUCGGACUUGGAGUUAACUAUUUAGAAACAUAGAAACAUAGAAAAUAGGUGCAGGAGUAGGCCAUUCGGCCCUUCAAGCCUGCACCACCAUUCAAUGUGAUCAUGGCUGAUCAUCCAACUCAGUAACCUGUACCUGCCUUCUCUCCAUACCCCCUGAUCCCUUUAGCCACAAGGGCCACAUCUAACUCCCUCUUAAAUAUAGGCAAUGAACUGUGGCCUCAACUACCUUCUGUGGCAGAGAAUGCCACAGAUUCACCACUCUCUGUGUAAAAAAUGAUUUUCUCAUCUCGGUCCUAAAAGAUUUCCUUCUUAUCCUUAAACUGUGAUCCCAACAUCGGGAACAAUAUUCCUGCAUCUAGCCUGUCCAACCCCUUAAGAAUUUUGUAAGUUUCUAUAAGAUCCCCCCUCAAUCUUCUAAAUUCUAGCGAGUACAAACCGAGUAUUUCUCUUUUCACAGAUACUGGCUAGCCCGCAGAGGUUUUUGUAUCAUCGAUUGCUUUUCUUUCAGAUUAGUACCACCCGCAGUAUUUCUUCGAUUUGCACAGGCCCCUACAAUAAAAAAUUAUCGCAAAAAAUGUGAAGAGGAUAUGAAGUGUGGGCAGGUUCAGAUUGGGACGUGGAGAUCUUCCUGGAGCCUUCUUGGGAUAUUAAUGGAAAUCCCCCCACCCCCCCGUUCAUAAACGACCAAAGGGUGUCGGCUUUUUUUAUUUAGCACACUUCGCAAUCAGAAAACAAAAUCUCUUCUUGUUAUGUGGUCCAUGGCUCGUGACGGUGAGAAAUCCCCACCCUCACUGCAGAUAGCUGUGGGGGUGGCACGGCGGCAGAGUUGCUGCCUCACAGGGCUAGAGACACGGGUUCCAUCCUGACGAUGGGUGAUA